CCUGCCUCUUGUUUUCUUCUUCUUUAAGUUCAUGCUUUUCUCCUUCUUGCUGAGCUUGACUUUUAUAUAAAAUCUACAGACUAACAAGUUGCAGAUCGUUUAUCCUCGAAAUUGUUUGUUCCAUCCCAACUGAUUUUUUUCCAGAUUCGCCAUGUCUUCACCUUCCGAAUACUACAAGUCUCUUCCACCUAUAACAAAGGCUUAUGGAACCACAUGCUUUCUGUUCACCGUUGCAUUUCAUAUUGGGCUGCUAAAUCCUUAUCAUAUAGCACAUAUACCUGCUCUAUCAAUCUGGCGUCUCCAGGUAUGGAGACUAAUCACCAACUUCUUCUUUCUUGGCGCUUUCUCCUUCAACUUUGCUAUCCGGCUCUUAAUGAUAGCAAGAUAUGGAGUUCAGCUGGAGAAUGGACCUUUUGCAAGACGCACCUCUGAUUUCAUAUGGAUGAUGCUGUUUGGAGGCCUCUCGUUAUUGGUUUUGUCCUUCAUACCCUUUCUCUGGUCUGCCUUCUUAGGAGUAUCGCUCAUUUUCAUGCUCGUGUAUGUUUGGAGUAGGGAAUUCCCAAAUGCCACUGUCAGCUUUUAUGGUCUGGUUUCUUUCAGGGCCUUUUAUCUGCCAUGGACAAUGCUUUUCUUGGAUGUCAUAUUUGGUUCACCCAUUCUGCCCGAUCUUUUGGGUAUUGUUGUUGGGCAUCUGUAUUACUUUCUUACGGUGUUGCAUCCGCUUUCUGGUGGGAGAAAUAUACUCUGGACUCCCAAGUUCAUUAAUAAACUAGUUGCAAGGUGGAGAAUAGGUGCACCGGAGUACAAUGCCCCCCCUCAGGCGGAUAGGACAAGUGGCGUAUUCAGAGGAAGAUCAUAUCGUGUUGGUGGGUGAUAUUAUAUCAACUUUUCAUUUGCAAGCAGGCAAAUGUUCUUGAAACUGCUAUUGAUAGCUGCAGUUGGUGUUUUUACUUGUUGCAAGCUUGGUGUUGACUCAAGACUUUGGUGGAUCUGAGUACCAGAAAUUCUGACUAUUCCUUUACUUUUGUGACAGCCAAUAUAUGCAUAGACACGAAACUGAGAAUAUAAGCCAAGGUAGGGUAGUGCAGUUUUAUGUGAUUUUUGAAUGUGAACUUUAUGUGGCAAGACUUAGACAAUGCACUUGGCUAUUACAAUAUACAACACAGCUUAGUAUUUUUCUGAUUGUCCUGAUUGUGCUGUUCAAUUCAACGUAGGUAAAGAAAAAAAAAAACAGUUUAUGAAACUUGUGUUAUGUUUCAACAGAAAUUCUAGAGCCGUCGAAUAGUUUUCUUAUGAAGCAAUAUAUGACUUAAUGUAUUGACACUGUCUAAAUGUAUUUAUUGUAGGAUAUAUGCCAAUACACUAUUUGUGAAUAAGUGCGGAUGACACCAUAAGUUGUGUCAUUCACACGAUAUGUGUUGAUUGAUCUACUUCCAAAAUGUAUGUAUGGAACUUGAAGCGGCGCCUGAUUGAU